AUGAGAGACUGUCUAGAAGCAAAACACCAGAAAAAAGCAUUACUUGCGGAGCAAAGAGCCUUGCAACAAACCGCAGAUGAUACAAUCAAUAAGGAGGACAGAAUGCAACCUACACGUAGUUAUGCGGGAGGCCCCCGUAGGCACUCUCCUCGAAGAGAAGACCGGUACAGACCCUAUGCCAGGAAUGACCAACCCCGCAGAGCUAAUUACCCCAACUCCAGAGCUGCUGACAGGCAGAACUCUCGGAACGAGAAACAAACCAGAGACGAUUUACCUGUGGAAAGGCGUGAUCAGUCCCAUUACCGCAGAAGGGAUGAUCGUAGCCCCUCUCGCAGAAGCGUACCUCCUCGCAAUGUGCAUGAAACUUAUAGUGGGGCGUCCCACACAGCUAUUCCAUAUGGGGGAAAAAGUCGAUCUGGAAAUCCUGCCUGUGAAGGAAUGGAGCUUCCUCCGUCUCCUCCUCGAGCUGCUCUCUCUCUUGAGCAGCAUAAUCCACACCGAUCUUGGUCCCGUGAAAGGAGAUCGAAUUGUAUACCUCAGCUUGACCUGGAUACGGCCAGAGGAGAGGUUAAUGAAGUCAUGCGCCAGUACUCUAGUUGUGUGGACCCUUCGGAAAGUGCAGCUCGAAAGGAAAGAAUCAUGAUAGCGGAGGCCCAAGGAAGGCUCGAAGAAUCUGCUGCUCUCAUGGUUAGAGCAUCUCGAGCACGCCUGGAAAAUGCUACGACUCCUACAAUACAUAGCCCGCCCAGUAGAGAGACGCCGGAGCGCAUUCCUAUCUCUGAUAGGUUGGGUCAUAUGCCUUCUAUACAAACUGUUAACACAUCUACGUGUGUCCCUAUUAUGGCCAGGCUUGGCCCCCUGCUAGAUGAGGUCAAUAUAAGUGAUACUGAGCUCACUGAAACCUUACCUCAAGUGAUGAAAAGGAAACCAGGCCGACCUCCAGGGAGGAAGCAAGUUAAUGCGAGUCCAGCACAAGGGACCACUUCGAAGAAAAGACAGGUGCUCCAAGCAAAACCCCCUCUCAACAGGAGGAAAGCCUCGGUGGAGCAAACAAAGGCUAGCAAAACCACCAAAGGGAAGAGGAAGAGUAAGAACCCGUCUAAAGAUGGAACCCCGAGGGAGGCGGAAGGCACAUCAUCAGAGAACCUGCCCAUCGUUAAUAUGAUACCGCCAGCGGCUCGUCGCAGGAUGGAUUUUCGGGUCCAUCCCAAACCCGGUCCUUAG